AUGUCUCAUCGCUACUGCCACUCGCUCAGAGGCUUCGGUAAGGCCCCUUCCCUGUCGGCUAUUGUGCAUGGCUAUCAUCCGGUAUGUUUUGAAGAUGGAUUGUUUUUGCCUAGCAGCUGCCAUAGUAGAACCUGGCUCUUGGAUAACCUUCAAGAAACCCGCAGUCAGACCACCAGUUACCAACUAACCCAUUAUGAACAGGACCAGAACACAGAAGAUUCUUGCGUGCCAAGUUCCUGUUUCUCCAGAGUUGGCCAAACAACGUGCUCCAAUUCCAAGGCCAGUGAGAGGACAACCUGUCCAUCAGGAAGUUUUCCAGCAGGGGUGGACUGUGCUGCUCAGCCCUGCCAGUCAGGAAACCAGCAACAAAUGGGCUUUGUAGCCAAGACCUGCCAACCCGCAACCUACGCAGCCAAGUGCUGUCCAGCAAAGACUCCUGUGUGUAAGGGUUGCCAAACUCUGGAAUGUGAGUCCAGCCAAAUCCAACUUCAGAUCCCUGAAGCCAGUUCCUGUAGCCCUUUGGUCCAUGUUGUCCCUGAGGCACAACUCCUGGAAUCUUCUAGCACCUAUGAACCAACUUGCUGUGUUACAGGUGGUUUGCAAGUACCUAGUAAGUGA